UGUAGAAGAAGGAAGCCCUGACAAAACCUCCCAGAUUCCCGCAGACAGCGAUUGUUCCCAUGUUCUAAUCGUGUUUACUUUGUAACAAUGUGUUUGGUUUUAUUAACGGGUAUUUGAGACGAGAAUGCUGGAUGGUGGUCGCAGUCAUGCGGUUCACACGGGACAUUUGCAGGCUGCUGGGGCUUGGGAGCGAAACCUCCAGUGCUCAGCACCAGGAGGAGAUGGAAUGUGGAGCAGUGACCUCUGAGCCCACCGACAUCACACAGGAACAGGACAUCAGUGGAGAGGACUGUCUGAGCGAGGAAGAGAAGGCCAAACACAGAGCGGCGCGACGCAGAGCCAAGAGGAAGCGUCGACGGGAACGCAAGAAGCUGGAGCAGGUGAAGAAGCCUGAGGGCACUGACCAGGAUGUGGAGGAUGAUGGUAGAUCUGAGGAGGAAGAGGAUAAAGAUGAGAGUGAGUCUGAGGUGGAGGUAGAAGAGGAGGUAGAGAAAGAAGAUAAAACAGCCAUCGCCUGCUCUAAGGAACCCUCUUCCCCAUCGCCAGCUCCCUCGGGAACUAAAGGUCCCCAAAAUACCGCUGUACGAACAUCUGAAGAGGAACUGGAGUGGGAUGUGAGCAGUGCAUUCUUUGCUAACGCUGCUAGUCACAUCCGGCCGAAAGGCAUGACCAAACCUGGCGCCAAGUCCAAAGAGAAUAAGGAGAAUGAGGGCAGAACCAGAGAGGUGAAUGAAACGGAUGCUGUGACUAAAAGAAGUGCCUUGUUGACAGAAAAAGGGAUCAAGCUGGUCCAGGAGGGCCAGUAUUCUCAGGCAGUCAGUAUGUUUACAGAAGCCAUCAGAUACAACCCAAAGGAUUACAGGUUCUUUGGGAACCGGUCGUACUGUUAUAGCUGUUUGGACCAGUACCCCCAGGCCCUGUCUGAUGCUGAGAGGUCCAUCCAGCUGGCACCUGACUGGCCUAAAGGACACUUCCGCAAGGGCAGCGCACUCAUUGGCAUGAAGAGGUACAGUGAGGCGGAGAAAGCCAUGGAACAGGUGCUGAAGCUGGAUGAAGACUGUGAGGAGGCCGUCAUCGAUCUCUUCAACUGCAAAGUCUUACAGCUUAUGGAGCUGGGUUUUGAGGAGAUGCAGAGUGUGUUGCUGCUGGAGAGAUUCACCAGUGUACAGGCUGUACUGGCUUCACCUGAGGCUUCUAGGGGUGAGGACUGGGGCUGUGGCGGUCAUGACAUUUUGUCAGCCGGUUAUUGUCAUGCAAAAGACUGCUGGUCUCACGUGGUGAGCCAGGACUCCUCAUUGAACCUGCCAGGGUCCUUGUGUGCGUCUCUCUGGGUGGGGAACGUGACCACUGAGAUUGCUGAGAAACACCUGUUGGACCUCUUUCAAACCUAUGGGGAGAUAGACAGCAUACGAGUUAUCCACGAGCGGUUCUGUGCAUUUGUCAACUUCAAGAACGCCAACAUGGCAUCGCGGGCCAUGGAGAAACUCAACGGCUACAGUAUAGAGAACACAAGGUUGGUGGUUCGCUACCCAGACCGUAACACCCAGAGGGUUCUGCCAAUCCCCCUCAAGAGUAGCCCCCCCGCAUCGCAACAGGCAGCUGCUGCUACUUGUCCCAGACGUCGUGGCCCAGUGAACGGAGAUGAGUGUUACUUCUGGAGGACCACUGGCUGCCAUUUUGGGGACAAGUGUCGCUACAAACACAUUUCCGAACAGAGGGGCAAAGACAGGAAGCCCUGGCAGCCCUGAGCACAGUUUCCUCCCCACCUCUGGGCUUUUAUAGAAACUGGAACCCCAUUACGAACACUGACUGAGCCGAAGGACUAUUAAAUUGGGCCAUGUUCUCCCCCCAAGGACAGCAGGAGAACUGUUAUGGAGGACAAUGUUAAGACUAAUAAAAUGGUGGACACCAUAAUUUAAUGAGUGGACACCAUCAUUAAUAAGAGCGUAUUUUGACUAAUAAUGGACCAAUUAACAGCCGUUCCCCUUGACCACAGCUCUGUGUUUAGGCUCAUGAAAACCAACCUCAAAAGCUUUAAGCCUUAAAACCUUAUCGGCCUUUACAGUUAGCAUUAGUUAGCCUUACAGCUUGCAUUUGUUAGCCUAACCAGCCAGUUCAAGGCUUAGAGGAAGAAAGGUGUCAUACAUUGUCAAGAUUCUCUAGGAGGAGCUCUCCUUUCUCUGCUUUGGUGAAGGUAACCAACUGAACAAUUUUCUAUGACCUCUGUUCGAUCAUUUAUCUGAUUUGAGUCUUGAUCCUGGGAAAGUGACAAUGGGUGCUGUUUCUCUAGUAAGGGCAAGCUGCAGUCUCGGUCCCUUCAGCCCUGGCUAUGCUAUGCUAUGCUAAUCUACAGCCACUACUGUCUGGGUUUUGUGGCCUGUGCUGUCCUUGUCCUCCUUCUCUCAUUUCCCAACCACAUCUCUCUUACCGUGCCAAUACCGUCAGAAUGGAAUAGGCCCUCUACACCAAAGGUGACCCAGAAGCCAUGCAGCAGAUUCACCCUGACGUUUCAGUUCCUCCCUAAAAGGAUGGUGCCUCCCUUCCACUCUGACUUGGUGCUUAGUAACCUUAUAAUAGUAUAAUGUUCAUUAGGUACCAAAUGUGAGAAAACAGACAGGGAAGGACUACCUGGAUUUCUCCAAAAAUAAAUGUUCCAUUUCCAAACAUUUUCCUUGGCAUGCCCUAAUGAACAUGACCCAGUACUUGAUCUACACUGGGCUAUGGAUCUGUGCUAUUGGCCUUAGCUAUGUGGUCCAUUGCAAUGUGCACAAACCCCAUAAUGAAGAUCUAAAGAGAGGUUGGGGAAGAGAGCAGUACCACCAAAUUCCAUAAAGGUAACUUGUUCUUCAGUGUAUUAAUGUGUGUUUCUAUUUUUCAUUUUACUACUGUACCCGAUGGCCAACCACUUAAAUGCAGACUGAAUCUGUUGCGUGAUUUUUGACACUGAGAAUUGACACCUACUUGUCUGUGUUUGUCAAGGUUUGAGUAAUUGUAGUUAUUAAGUAAGCUAGUUUUUAAAACAUCUGGGAAAUAAGCCUCUUAUUUCUUGAAUGAACCAAAUAGAUUUUUCUACCAUCUAUUCUCUAGAACAAGCACCCUCUUUGUCCUAUGAAGGAACAGAAUCACUGAAUUUACACUGUAUUCGGAGGGUAUUCAGACCCCUUGACUUUUUCGAUAUUUUGUUAUGUUACAGCCUUAGUCUAAAAUGGAUUGAUUGAGGGAAAAGAAAAUCUACCCACAAUACAGCAUAAUGACAAAGUGAAAACAAGUUUUUAGAUGUUUUUUUUGAAACCGAUACCUUAUUUACAUUAUUAUUCACAAGGGGAGGUUCUGCUUUUCUGUGGUUGCCUUGUUUCCAGCCUCGUAGAGAUUGGUCAAAGCAAACAGAACUUCAUAUUGGGGAAAAAGUCACAUGAGAAACCAAGAGAAUAUUACCUUUUUAAAUGAAUCGCAGAAGUGUAUUUUUUUUGUUCGUUUCAUGACCAAGUACACAGUAUUCACUCAUUUUGGCCAAUGCAUGUUUAAUAAUUUUGAUAGAAAUGAACAAUUAAGUAUUUCUGUGUGGUGCCCACUUUUAAAUUUGGUGUGGUUUUAGUAAAGGAGUCCAUUUCUCGAGCCCCCUUUUUAAUUUUUUUUUAAUGAUAUACCCCACAAAAUCGGUAUACGCACAACUGUUUAACUCAGGCACUGUAAUCUCUGUAUGCUAAAUCUACCAAAUAUUGUGUUAAACUAUUCUGCACUGCCAAAGAGUCCUUUGUAAGUCAUACAUUUAUUUGAAUAAUUUCA